CAUACCUAUAAGAUAUUCCGUGCAGCAGUACUACGGACGAGGCUGAGACGAGCCGAUAGGAUGUAAACGUAAAAUGCAGGGUACCUUGAAGUGGGGAGUCUUGCCCCUAUGCUCAAACUCUUAGAAUAAACACCGGUAGCAUCCGCCGGCGCUUCGUAUCAAAGAUCGGGUGUAAAGCUAGAGUGUAGAAUGACUGGUUAAGUCUCCGUACUUUCAUCAACCGCGAGUCAUUCUGUCGCGAUGUUCGCAGCCACAAUCUUCGUGUUAAUUGUCUUCAGUCUUUGCGAAAAUGAAGUGCAAUGCUCGACAAUUCGACGUCAAGUUUUCAGCAGGGAAACACAAAACUUGACGAAACCCACGAAGCAUGUAACAUUUUUGAAAAAGAUCGACAACGCGGUAAUUCAGAAUCCUCUCGAAGUCUCUGCACUUCUCGCUAGUCAAAGAGAAAUUAAUUUAAGCGGUGAAAGAGAGAUCAAAGAAGCAGAUCGAGUUACGAUUUCUAAAGGGAAGAAUCGCCUAACGAAAAACGACGCCAAGCGUCGCAAGCCAAAGUUUCUUGGACCUCUGACAUUCGCAAAGCUGUUGAACGGCGCGAUUGCGCUGAAUUAUCUCACUCCGGGAUAUUUCACCACCCUGUACGGGCCGCAAUCUUACUUUCCGUAUCUCUAUCCCGUUCCAUACCUCGUUCCGGGCAUCGGUUCAAACUUUUUUCCGAAUUUCCCGAGCGGAAUUCCGACUAAGCCACCUACCGACCGAAUCGUCACAUCGGUGCCUCUUUCCAAGCCUGUACCUCAACAGAUUUCCAACCUGAGUGCCCCGGUAGAACUCCAGGUCGUUGAUACUACUUUAGAUAAUGACAAAGUGACAACCGAAAAGGAAGAUGAUGCUGCUUCAGAUCUUCAGGAACAAGCUGUGGACGACGCUGAGAAAGAAAUUUCGGAAGCACAGGCUACUCAGGUGGACUUGAAACGGGCUGUUCCAUCGGAUGUGAAGGACGAACUGGAUACGGAUCCCAUCGUCGAGUCGGUGAUCAACGAUGGACAAGAAUUAGGGAAAUUGUCAUUGACUAGGAAAACGUCAACUCCAACUCCAACUUCGACGUCGACGACGGUUUCCACAACCGAUGUUCCAACGAAUACCACAACGGUACCAAACGUCACGUUGUCAACGACGUCAGCAGGAAACGGUACCGAAUUGUCACCGUUUUAUGGUUAUUACGGAGGCAUGCCUCAGGACUUGGAGCAUCUGCUGUUUACCACCGAAAACCCCCAGCAGAGAUACCUCGACGAUUAUAACCCGGAGAAGUUUGCCCUGCCUUUUCAGAGACCAGCGACUUUUAAUCCCUACCCGAACGCCGAGGCGUAUCCGAGUCCUUUUGUAAAUUCGUUUUCACCCAGGGAACGAUUCCCCGAAUUCCUGAACACCGUCGAGGCCGACCGCUACUUUUAUGAUUCUCAAAAUAAACCGAAUUUCGAUGGGUUUAGACCGAUCUUGAAAUAAAGUAAUGUUUUUUUUCCACUUCAUUAAAGUACGAGGGUAUUGUUUUCGACAUUUUAAUUUAUGAAUCGAAUCGCCGGGAGUAAACGGAAAAUCAAUUUUUUUCUUCCAAACUUACGUAAUCGAUUUUUUCUGACUAUUAAUUUAUAGUUCAAUAACGUUAUUCAUUUAUGUACCUAGCAUAUGUUAUGAAAUUUGUUUACUUUAUUAUUUAGAUGAUUAAUGCUCAUGAAUUAUAUUUAUUAAUACUUCAAUACAAUUUUAGUGGUCUUAGGUAUAAUUGUAAUUCUGAACAUACGGUGCUGGAAAUCUUCUACAGAUCGAUAUCAACUUUUGCACAAAAUAAAGA